AUGAGUCUGGAGUCCCUGUUUCAGCACAUCAUCUUCUCCGAGCACCUGGCGGAGGAGAAUCGCCGCUUGAUGCGACAAGUCAGGUCGGAAAUAAACAGAUGUCGUGAAAACAUUAAGAAAGCAGCAGAGGAACUGAAUGAAGAGAAAAUCAAGUUGGAAUCGAAGAUUCAGCAGUUUUCUGAAAAAGCCUUCCUCUUACAGCUUUUGAAAACUCAUGAAAAUGCCUUAGAAAGACAGUGCAGUGAAAUUACAAGCCAAAGGAAUAUGCUUCUCCAAACGUUUGAAGCUACAAAGAGAAAAGUGACAGAGGAGGAAGAAAAAUUUAUUAAGGAAAUUACAGACUUCAAUAAUGAGUAUGAAAUAACAAAGAAACGAGAGCUUUUGAUGAAAGAAAAUGUCAAGAUUCAAAUAUCUGACUUAGAAAACGAGGCAAACAUUCUGAAAAUGGAAAUGAAGUCAGCGGAACAUGAUAGUGGCCAGUUAAAUGAACUUCAAAAACAAAAGAGUGAAUUGAUACAAGAAUUAUUUACUUUGCAGAGAGAGCUUAAAGGUUUUGAAGAUAAAAAAAAGGAAGCCGUUUGUACUACCAAGUACCUAGAGGCAGAAAAAAUAAAAAUCAGUGAAAAGCCUCAAAAUGAUGCUGAAUGCUUAAGACUUAAAAAAGAAUUAGAACUUUAUAAGGAAGAUGACAUGCAAAGUGUUUAUGAUGCUCUCCAGACAGAAAUAGAAUUUUUGCAGUUGACACUGGCACAGAAAGAUCUUCAGGAAACUAAAAACUUGUAG